CAAGGGUUGGGUCUUUCGUCUCUUUCGGGCUGGCUGCCAAAGUGCCGCUGUCUCUCUUUCUCUCUCUGUCCUUCCUCCUCCUUUCUCUGUUGGCCGAGCAUGCCGACCUCAUGAGUUCGCCAGCAGUCGUCCUUCUUCUCUUCGGCCGCCGCCGCAGGUGGUGAUGGGGCUGCGGGCGGCCUUUGCGUUGCUGGCCCUGGGCUUGCUGGCCGCCGGAGAGCGCGGCACCACGUUCCGCACCAGGGAGCGCCAGGGCGGCAUCACCCUGGGCCAGAGCAAGCCCAAGGAGACGACCCAGCGCGAGACGUACAUCAGGCAGCAUGAGUGGACCAGAGACGAACUCAACGUCGGCCUCGUCGUGCCGCAGACGUCGUUCGGCCGACGCGAGUACACCAAAGCGGUCAAUUCGGUGUUCAACUCAUUCCAGAAAACGCGUGGGCCCAAACUCGAAUUCAUCAAGAUGUUCAACUUUGGGCCGCAGCAAGUACGACAGAUCAACAUGACCCUCACUCCUAGUCCGACAGCGAUUCUGAACACACUAUGCAAGGAGUUCCUCUCGGUGAACGUGUCGGCAAUUCUGUACCUGAUGAACCACGAGAAAUACGGCCGAUCCACGGCCUCGGCGCAAUACUUCUUGCAGUUGGCCGGCUACUUGGGCAUUCCGGUGAUCGCCUGGAAUGCGGACAACUCGGGCCUCGAAAGGCGAGCGUCGCAGUCGAGCCUGCAGCUGCAGCUGGCGCCUUCCUUGGACCACCAGACAGCAGCCAUGCUCAGCAUCCUUGAACGCUACAAGUGGCACCAGUUCUCGAUCGUCACUUCGCAAAUCGCCGGCCACGACGACUUUGUGCAGGCGGUCCGCGAGAGGAUCAUUCUUAUGCAAGAUCGCUUCAAAUUCACCAUACUGAACACUGUGGUGAGAACGCGAGCCGCCGACCUAAAGGAGCUGCAAAACAGCGAGUCCAGAGUGAUGCUUCUCUAUUCGACCAGAGAUGAGGCGCAAAUAAUAUUGAAGGAAGCCAGGGAGUUAAAGUUGACCGGCGAGAACUACGUCUGGGUUGUCACGCAAAGUGUCAUCGAGAAUAGACAAACCAUGUCCCACUUUCCAGUUGGAAUGCUAGGGGUGCACUUCGACACGAGCAUGAGCAGCCUGGUGAGCGAGAUCACGACCGCCAUCAAAGUAUACGCGUACGGUGUGGAGGACUUCGUCAACGACGCUCGCAACAAGAACCUGACGCUGAACACGCAGCUGUCCUGCGAGGGCAUCGGCGAGUCCAAGUGGAGAGUCGGCGAUCGAUUUUUCAAGUAUUUGCGCAACGUAAGCGUCGAGUCGGACCAGCACGGCAAACCCAACGUGGAAUUCACAGCGGACGGUGUGCUGAAGGCGGCCGAGCUGAAAAUCAUGAAUCUGCGCCCCGGCGUGAGCAAACAGCUGGUCUGGGAAGAGAUCGGCGUAUGGAAAUCGUGGGAUAAAGACGGUCUUGACAUCAAAGACAUCGUGUGGCCAGGCAACAGUCACACUCCUCCUCAGGGUGUUCCUGAGAAGUUUCACCUCAAAAUCACCUUCUUAGAGGAACAACCCUACAUCACGCUGACCCCACCGGAUCCAAUAACCGGCAAAUGCUCCAUGAACCGCGGCGUCCUCUGCAGGGUUGGAACCGAUCCUGAAUUGGCGCCAGCUACAGGGUCGGAGCCCCCGAAAACUUACCACAACGGCAGCAUGUACCAGUGCUGCUCCGGCUUUUGUAUCGACCUGCUGGAAAAGUUCGCCGACGACCUGGGCUUCACGUACGAACUCGUACGUGUCGAGGACGGAAAGUGGGGCACUUUGGAGCAUGGCAAGUGGAACGGCCUUAUCGCAGAGCUGGUGAACCGAAAGACAGACAUGGUGUUGACGUCGCUGAUCAUCAACGCGGAGCGGGAAAGCGUGGUCGACUUUUCGGUCCCCUUCAUGGAGUCUGGCAUCGCGAUUGUGGUGGCGAAACGCACCGGCAUCAUCUCGCCAACGGCCUUUCUAGAGCCCUUUGACACCGCCUCGUGGAUGUUAGUCGGUGUGGUGGCCAUCCAGGCCUCCGCCUUCACCAUAUUCCUCUUCGAGUGGCUCAGCCCAUCCGGUUUCAACAUGAAAGUCAGCCAGCCCCAACCAGUUACGCCACCGGUCAAUGGGAAAAAUCCGAACAACCACCGUUUUUCGCUGUUCCGCACAUACUGGCUCGUGUGGGCAGUCCUCUUCCAAGCGGCCGUCCAUGUUGACUGCCCUAGAGGUUUCACGGCGCGCUUCAUGACCAACGUGUGGGCCAUGUUCGCCGUGGUGUUUCUUGCCAUCUACACUGCCAACCUGGCCGCCUUCAUGAUAACCAGAGAAGAAUAUCACGAUUUCGUGGGAAUCGACGAUCACCGGCUCGCAAAGCCAUUUAGCCAUAGACCGAGCUACAAAUUCGGCACAAUCCCUUGGAGCCACACUGAUUCAACCCUGAAGCGCUACUUCCCCGAUAUGCACGCCUACAUGAGAAGUUUCAAUAAAACUUCAGUCGAGUCAGGCAUAGAAGCCGUCCUCUCAGCGGAGCUGGACGCCUUCAUCUACGACGGCACCGUGCUUGAGUAUUUGGUGUCGCAAAAUGAGGAUUGCCGCUUGCUGACGACUGGCAAGUGGUACGCAAUGACGGGCUACGGCCUCGCGUUUAGCCGAAACUCCAAGUACCUUGACAUGUUCAACAGAAGGAUGCUUGACUUUCGGGAAAAUGGUGAUCUUGAGAGGUUACGGCGAUAUUGGAUGACGGGAACGUGCAAGCCUGGGAAGCAAGAGCACAAGUCGAGCGACCCCCUCGCCCUGGAACAAUUCUUGUCCGCGUUUCUUUUGCUCAUGUCCGGAAUCCUGUUAGCGGCGCUGCUGCUUUUCUUAGAACACCUUUACUUCAAGUACGUGCGGCACCACUUCGCCAAAACAGACAAGCCCGGAUGUUGCGCCCUCAUCAGUCUUAGUAUGGGCAAGUCUUUAACAUUCCGAGGCGCCGUGUACCAGGCGCAAGACAUGCUGCGAAAUCACAGGUGUCGUGACCCAAUCUGUGACACACACCUGUGGAAGGUCAAGCAUGAACUGGACCUGGCGAGAAUCAGGAUUAGACAGCUGGAGAAGCAACUUGAAGCUAAUGGCAUCAGACCCUCGCCCAGUCGGUUGCUGGAUUGCGUGGAAUCGCUCAAAGUUGAGAGAGACUAUCGGGACAUGCCAAGAAACUGCAUUUCCACGACGGACCACUCAGCCGCCUUCUACCCGGCGUCCUACUAUAACAGUCCUUCGCGGAGGCAGUGUCGGACGGAAAUAGCCGAGAUGGAGACUGUUCUCUGAUCCUCAGCCCGCGCUUCGCCUAACUCCGAACUGGAGGACCGCAAAUUCAUCCCUAUCCCUUACUGAAGUGCGAGGGCGGUUUUGAAGCUAGCGCGGGCUCGAAUCAAAACGACUCGAUCAGAGCAAGAUCCAAGUCAAAAACAUGCGAGAGGAGAAAGAAAACAAACUGUUUUUAAAACCAAAACUCUGCAUGAGAUCGGACGAAGGAGUUUUUCCGAAGAAUGAAGAUUGAAGCUGGACGUGAAUGGAUGCGGUAAUAGAGAAUUAUGUCUUUCAAUGUUCAGAGGGGAAACGAAAUGGUGGGUCUAACGAACGUGCAGCUCUUAGCCAUAUUUUACAGCUCAAGCGGAAAAUGCGUUCAACUAAUCUACUGGUAUCGGGCCCAUCGCACCGGUUUUCAUGUGAUUUCAAGUCCUGCUGUGCAAUUUGAAAGCUUUGAGAUAUUUUUCAUGUUUUUAUUGGCACGCUUUAAACAGAAAAAUAAACGUUAAUCGAUAAUCGCAUAAAACACCUACACCUUAAAAUUGUUUUUCCUUAUUAUUUGAAAUUUAUUAUUUUUUAAUGGAAACACAUCUAAAGAAUUUCCAUUAGAGUUAAUAAGAUUCUGUGAAUUGAAGCACUCGUUAAAGCUAAUUUAUAAGUUUUCAUUGAUUUUAUAGAAUUAAAAUAUCAAUGCAAUGUUCCUCUCAUAUAAAAACCGGUGCAAAUGCCAAGUACCAAGUAUUUGUAUCGCAUGGUUGACUAAUGUGUAAAUAAACAAAAUUGUAUAUAUUUUAACACGCGUCGCUCGGAUCAAGCAAAAAAACCAGGGAAACCAGAUGAACCAGCACGUGCGCCCCAACAGAUGUAAUAUAUAUUAAUAUGCAAUUUUUAAUUAUACUAAAGAAUUGAAUCAUCGCAUUUACCCGUGAAAAAGGUAUUUGCAACGUGAAAGCACUGUUCUGCAUUGAUUUUUUUUCCAACAAAGCAGAAGAAGUAUGUGAGACUGUGAUAUCUUUAUCCGCGGGUACUUCACUCUCUCUCAAACGAGCCACAGAAAAUGAAAUAUAUAUUAUACAAACAAACACUUUCACGAUAUGAAUAAGUUAAACAAAAGUAUGUUGUCUAUCAGAUUUUAAAAGAUGCAACCAAAAGCAAACUCAUAUUUUCCUUUGCAUACUAUCUUUGGUCUGUGUUUGUCCAGUGCAUGUCUUGUGAAAUUCAGUGUAUAAAACCCGUAGUGGCGUCCUGUCGUUGUCAAUAUCUUCCAUGAGUAACGAGUGAGAGAAAUUCUGACCAUGCAUUGACAAAAGAAAUUUAAUUGACAUAUUGCAACAUUUCAGCAAGUUAGUUUGUAUGAAAAAAUGGCAGAAAUUAUCAGAUUAUACACGAAUACCCUCUUUUUCUAUCCACGCCAAAUCAAUUUAUCAACCUAAGCCACAUUAUCGUGGGUUUCGUGCCAUUUUGCCGGGUCAAUUCAUUUUACACGUCGACCUUUAUCAUUUCAGCUAGAAACUUGACAGUUUUGGCUGUCCUCCGGAGUGUGAGUGAUACUCAUAAAUCUGCACACGAAAACAAUGGUGGUCAAAACUGUCUCUCACGCCGUUGCGCUCCCAAAAAUUUAUCUCUUCUUCUAUAAAACACGCGCGCAUUCAAAAGAGUCGGCUAACCGUUAAUAAUUGAUCACACGAGUCGCGCGCGUGUGCACGUUAGCCGUUCUAUUAGACACAAACACACACACAUCCACACAUUGUAUAUCUCCGCAUUCAAUAAAGACUGGCAUCAAUCAUUAACACGUCGUGAGAGUAUUAGAGUCACAUCAGGCCUAACGAGUUUUAAAUCGCGGAAAACACGUGUUUCAAAGUUUAACCAAAAAUUAAAGUGUUCUAAAUUAUGGUUAAUCUGCCUGUUGAUUAGGACCGAACCGGCAGAUGCUGGAACGUGUCUGUUUUUAAAAGUUACACUGAAUUAAAUAGAAGCAGAGCUAAAUACAAAAUCUUACGGCACUUUUCCCUACAGUAUUAUUAAACUAGAGAAGAAACGCGUUAACGUUUUAUUGAUUAAAAUACGAAAAAUGUGUUUCGAUAUUAAAAAAAACAAAUAGUUGGGGGAAAACAAAUGCUGAGGAAUAAACGUUUAGCGAAAUUUAACUAUUUAAUAUAACAAGAACGGUGUGUUAAAAUUUGGACGGAUAAAAAUAUCUUCACGUGGUAUUUUGCAGUGCCAAAAAUUUAAUCCUCAUAUCUAAUGACUUUUUGCUUUUAUAACUAGUAAAUUUAUUUAAGAAAUGAUACAGCUAGGAGUGAACAACACAGUUGUUGAUGCUAAAAAAUAAUAUUUGAAAAUUUAUUAAUUUAAUACUAAGAUUUUAAAAACUUUCAUUCAUUGAUUACAAUUUUUCAGUCCAAAAAAUUUACCACAUUUUCAGCCGACGAGAUUUACUAUUUAAAGUUGUACGAAGGUUGCACCAAUGUCGCUGCGAGAGCACAGUCAUGGCAUUUGGUAGACGAUCUUUAAAAGCCCAUCUUUUCUCUUUCCCCGAAGGCUCAAUGAGGCUGCCGUCGUAUACCAGUUGAAUAAUAAAUUAUGGGCGACCGCUCUGGGCGACUGCCUUGAAUACAUUCAAGAAUAUUCAGCAGCCGAACCCCUGGUAGAUUUAGUAGUAGGCAGUUCGUUGGACUUUGACGUCACGCAGGUUGCCUACUUUCCGCCAGCGCCCCAACUUUCUUGUUCUGUCGGCUGAGCUACUCCCUUCUUUUAAAUCUCCCUCCUAUAUAAUACCCAUCUGGUAUUUAAAAAAUAACGAUGAAAGCUCCAAAAAAUCAUUGCUGAACAACACAUUAUUAACCUUGUUUUAGGCUCAGCAAACAUGCUUCUUUUGUCAUGAAAAUAUAUUGUCCUUUAAAUAAACGAUUUGUCUCUAGAUAAUCACAAUAAAAGCUACAUUUGCUGUUAAAGAAAAGAACAAGUAAAAAGGUUGAUGUGCCAAAAUAUUUGUUAUACGCAUAAUAUUACAUAAGCUUCGAUGAAAAGAUCCUAGGGCUUAUUUAUAAUGGCUGUGUUUGUAAUUCAUGUGCUUGGGGUUGUGUGAACAAGCGGCGUAUUUGUUACCAUAACAUGAACUAUAUAUUUAUGUUGAGUGUUGAUCACACACGUGCGCGUUCCAUGCGAAUUGAAAAACUAUAAAAAUGUUAAUAAUGAAAAAGAUGCCAAAAUGUCUUGAGAGUGCAGCACACAUCUCAUUAGGCGGGUGUUUUCCAUAGAUUUUUGGUGCUGCAAAAGACUUGAAUACACUCGACGUGUUCGAGAAAUGCAAAUCCCUGUCAAAGAGCGGUUCACUGUAAACUUUCGUUGAUGAUUUUUCUGGUCGUCGUUUUGAAUGGCGUGCCAGCAUAUGGCUCAAUUUUUCAUUUUCGCAGCAGCCGCGGCAUUAAACAAAUCUCGCCACAGAUUCAUUUCAUAGAAUGAACAUGUGCCAAAAACAUGAGAAUUUCUGUGUUUCUUCUCAGCUCCUUCGUGGAGUUUUGAAAAGUACAAAGCUAUGAUAUGAAAUAAUAAUAAAAAAAUACCUCUCACCACGAAAAAGCAUCGAUUUUGGAAAAUCCGGACCAGCCGAUUUUGGAGCACAGAUUUUCUCAUUGAGAAGAAUGUUUAUCAGAUUUAAUUGAUUGAUGGCUAUAUCAUGGUAAUGUGUGUUAUCAAGAAAUUUAAAGAUUACGUUAUCUAAUGAAACCUUCCGAGACAGAAAUCUCCUGAACUUCUAACGCACUGUUAUUGUUAUGCAAUAAAUUAAUACAAAAAUGAAAAUCACCGUAAUUAUCAAAAAAUGUCAUCCCUCUGUGUAAAUUUGUUAGAUGUCAUCCCCAGCAUUCCCAGUGGUAUAUUUUUCUUUGAUUCGUAAAGUUGUAAUGAUUAUAACAGCUAUUACCACUGCAUGACAUGCACAGGCAGAAAGUGGCUGUAAAGAGGGAUUUUGCGAGAGGUGCACGUGCCUCGUCGUUUUCAUGGCAGCAUCGUGUGUCCAUUUAUUUCACCUGCACUUAAAAAUUUUCAUCUCACCAUUCUCACCUCUCUUUCAAUCACCAAACACCUAUGCUAAAUUAUUUAAAUCACCUCUAUUAACUAAUGAAGAAAAUAAAUGGUCAAGUCGUAGAAGAAAUACGCGAUUUUUGCGUGCACUGUGUAGCAAACUAUUUCUAUUGCCGACGACACAAGACAACGUCGCACUGCACUGUGCGCGCAAAAUUUACUCGAACCAAUUUAAAAGACGCGUUUAAAAUCACUGUAAUAAAAUAGCAUUAGAGAUGUUUUAAUAAAUGGCUAAAAUAAACUCUUCUGAAAGAAA